AUGCAGUCACGUGAUCGAAUGGCCAAGGUCAGCUGCAAUUUCAAUCGAUCUGACCAUUCGUACGGGCCACAGUGGGUGUUUGCCAACAGCAGGAUGUCGCUGGCGAGCAUGUCAGAGGCGAUUCUUUUUCCAGUGACCUCUCAACACUCCGAGGGUUCCACACAAGCCUCCCAAGGCCACGGGGAGGCUGGUAAGGAGGGCUGCGAGAUCAGCAAAUUCGGAGACAUCGACACGAAGGUCUCAGGCAACCUGCCAGCCCAACGCAACUCGGCCUUGAAGCCCGACAACGCCACAAUCUUGACCCCAACCUCGCAAAAGCGAACACCGCUUCUCACCUCUCCACCGGGCCUCAUCCGCAGAUUUGCCGACUGCGACCUCACAGGAGACUGUCAGAUUCGGGAGCCGCGCUAUCCGGAACUGGAACUCCCAAUCGGCAGCCUUAUCCCCGGCGACAACAACGAGCGCGAGGAUGACAGCGUCGACGUGACGGACUCGGAGCGCCGAAGCAAAUGGCGGGGCCGACUGUUCCGCUCAAUUAAAAAGUCACUGUCGAGGAGGUCCGAGAAGGAGAGUUCUAGGAGUCCCAGUUUUCGACCGGUUAGGGACAUCUUCCAUCUCCUCGGCAGGAACCAUCUCUGGCGAAAACAGUCCUUCCUUGAGGACAACUCGAUGGGGAAUUGA